AUGUCCUCCCGUUUGGAUACGCCUCCGAAGGAGGAGGAGCCUGUCCGGAUUGUCAUGUCGCACACAGACCUGACGCCGCUCGACGUGGUAAAGACCCGCUUGCAGGUGCAAAAUAGCGUGCGCUACGAUACCACAGCUGUGGCAUCCGAGGCGCGAAGCGCAAACGUGUCGCGGCCAUGCCCUGGACAGGAGCAGGUGCGCCAAAAUGCCCUGCACACGCGGGGUGCGUACGUCGUGCCACGCACUGCGCCUACCUACCACCUCACCCCCACGAUCCCCAUGACGCUGGCCGAGAAUGGGCAGGCGGUGUGCGUAUUCCCCGAAAAGUGCCGGCCACAGGCGUGCGAGGUCGAGUCGCUGCUGCGCGAGCGGCGCAUGAACGGCAUCUGGGACGGCAUCGUGAAGGUGGCGCGCACCGAAGGCUGGAGCGGCCUGUGGCGGGGCCUCGUGCCGACCGUGGCGAUGACCGUGCCCUCGCAGGUAACGUACAUGACGUGCUACGACAUCUUCCGCCGCAUGCUCCUCUCGCUCGAGGUGGCGCGUCCGUCGCGCAUCGACCAAAAAGCAGCGCAACCUUCGCCGAACCUUGCGUACGAUUCUGACUCGGAGCUCUACGUGCCCGACUUUCCGUGCGACAUGCCAUGCGAGCACGAGCGCGGCCCGAGCGAGCCGCUGCGUAUUCCCCUGCUCGGCGCGUCGCUCAUUUCCGGUGCAUUCUCGCGUUCGGUCUCGGCGACGCUCGUGACGCCGCUGGAGCUGCUGCGCACGCGUCUGCAGGCGUCGUACGGGCGCUCGUCCAUGACCUCGGUGCUCGAUCCCUUGUUCCGCGAGGUGUGCAACGACGGCCCCGGUGUCUUGUGGCGCGGUCUCUCGGCGACCUUGUGGCGCGACGUGCCCUUUUCUGCGCUCUACUUUACUGGCUACGAGGCCGGCAAGUACAUGCUCACCGGCGCCGGCUUUGGCGAGAGCCAGACGUCGACCUUUUGGCACGAGUUUGGCAUUUCGUUUGGCGUCGGUGCCACGAGCGGCUGCGUUGCGGCCAUUGCGACGCAGCCCUUUGACCUGGUCAAGACGCGUCUCCAGGCGGAGAUGUCCCCGGCAGACCCCCGAUACCCUGCAUCGCCGGCCGCGUCGCCUGCGCGCUCCAUGUUCCGCGCGCUGCGACACAUCGUCGACACCGAAGGCGCCGCGGGUCUUUUCCGUGGCCUGUCGCCCCGCCUGGCCAAAGUGGCGCCGUCGUGUGGCAUCAUGAUCGGCUCCUUUGAGGUCGUGGGUCGCCUUCUGGCGAACGCGCGCCAGUCUUCUUGA